GAGCGCAGAGGAGCGCAGAGCCCGACCGCGGCGGGGGACUCCGAGGGGGACACAGCGCGAGAUAGAGCACAGCGCGGGACGCACGCAGCGCGAGACACAGACGAGAGAGCGAGAGAGAGAGAGCGCGAGACAGAGCGCGGGACGGGAGCGCCGCUGGAGCGCACGGCAGCGGACAGAUUGCCUCUCAGCCAUGUUAACGUCUGAGCGCAACCCUGGUACACCUAAACACAACACAGCAGCGAUGGACCUCCAGGAUGAAGACAUGACCAAAUGGAGCGAGUCCGAGUUUGAGCAGAAGUGUAUCUACAUUGUUAAGGACCAGUCAUCGAAUAGGAAUGCAGAAAAUGCAGACUUGACCCUGGCAGAGGCCUCCUUGCCACGAAACCUACUCUUCAAGCACCGUUCAAACUCCACAGAGAUUAUAGGGGUGAUAAGCAAGGAGUACAUCCCAAAGGGCACUCGCUUUGGCCCGCUGGUGGGUGAGAGCUAUACUACAGACAGUGUCCCCGAAGACGCCAACACAAAAUACUUCUGGAGGAUUUACUCAGAGGGAAAGUUCCACCAUUUUGUCGAUGGGCUCGAUGUAACCAGGAGUAACUGGAUGCGUUAUGUGAAUCCAGCUUUUUCUCAGGAGAAGCAAAACCUAGCAGCCUGUCAAAAUGGCAUGAACAUCUAUUUCUACACAAUAAAGCCAAUCCAAGCCCGGGAGGAGCUGUUGGUACAGUACUGCUCAGAGUUUGCCCACCGCAUGCAUUACCCAUCCUCUGGAGAACCUGAUGUGCUCAAGCAAAGCCUGAGAGAAGCUAAGCAGCUGUCUAUGGAACCCAUGUUCGGUGCCACUUCUGCAGAAAAUGAGUACAAUGCCUUAAGACUCCACCGGGACCUUGGUAGACCCCCCAUAAGCCCCUGGUACUUUGAUAACCUCUCGAUGCAUCUGAACAACCCCUUCUACCCACGCAUAGUCUACCCCCUGCACCCUAAUCCCAACCAGGAGCCCCUGAGGAUCGUGCCUGCCUUUGGUCUGGACUGCUCCAGUCACAUGACCCUCUCCUCUGGUCAGUCCAUGGGCAGUCUCAGCCCAGCUAGUAGCCCUGAAAGCAGCCCAAGUCUCUCCCUGUCUUCCACCUCUCCGUUUCAGGAACACAGUGCAGACUCAUCUCUGUCAUCGGAGCACUAUGUCAGCAAUGUACGACCAAACCCAUGUUCCCCGCCCAAUCACAUGCACUCCAACCUGCACUUCUCUCACUUUACACAUCACUACCUUGUGGGGCUGAACAGCAUCUUACCCUACAUUUACCCCAUGCCGUGCAACCUACAGCUACCGUCUGUCCCCCUCCCUCCUGCGAACGGUCGCAAGAACAUUUUGCUCCCAGCACCUACCAGUGCCUUCUCCUCUCUGAAAAAACCAGCCCCCAGUGCUCCCAGCGGUGCCUCCGCGACAGUGAGCGCAGCCACCUCUGUUCAAUCUGCACCUGCCGAGUCCACGUCAGAUCUGGCGCCUCCCGCCACUGCCGGUGAGAACACAGUGGACCACAGCAAGAAAAAGAGCGAUGCCACGGGCCACAAGACGCUGCCCUACCCUUUGCAAAAGCAGAAUGGAAAAAUAAAGUAUGAGUGCAACAACUGCCACAAGACAUUUGGUCAACUCUCCAACUUAAAGGUACACCUGCGGGUCCACAGCGGAGAGCGGCCCUUCCAGUGUGUGACUUGUAGUAAAGGCUUCACACAGCUGGCCCACCUGCAGAAACACUACCUGGUUCACACUGGCGAGAAACCACAUAAAUGCCAGGUGUGUCAAAAACGCUUCAGCAGCACUAGCAACUUGAAGACUCAUCAGCGCCUACAUUCAGGAGAGAAGCCCUAUCAGUGCAAGCUGUGCCCGGCCAGGUUCACUCAGUUUGUGCACCUGAGACUCCACAAGCGGCUGCACACCCGCGAUCGGUCCAAGGUGUGUCCGUACUGCCAUCGCACCUAUACCCACCUGUGCAGCCUCAAGGCUCACCUGCAAGGUUACUGCCCAGCCGCGCCAACUCCUCCCCAGCGGUCCGCCGAUGAGCUCGGCCGCAUCAACGAGGCCAUUGAGCGCUUCGACCUCAGCGAGGAUGCCGACCACCUGGAGGAGAUGAGUAGCAUGUACGCAGAAGGUGUGGUGGAGAAGGAAAUCCUCAGCCACAUUUGGAAAGAGAUGGGUCUUGGUGAGAACCUCUGCGAAACUGCUGGAAAGAUCUCUUCAAGCAAACUGAACCAAAGCAACUCUAUACCAGUCAAAGUCAAAAAGGAAACCCUUUAAUCCAUGGAAUCCCUCACUUGCCCCUAAUUAAAGGAACAAAGAAAUGUUUCCUAGUUUUUAAAACUACUACUACUAUUACUACUACUACUACUACUACUACUACCAUUAUUAUUAUUAUUAUUAGCAGUAGUAUUAUUAUUAUUAUUAGUGCCACCAGAGUGCCUGCUGCUAUGGAUGCACAGAUGAUCUUUUAUUGUCUGCAAUAAACCCUGGGCUUUUAUGCCAGGGACUCACAUUCUCAGGGCUAAGAGAUUUGUGUUUUGCGUUCAUUUUGUACCCAUUCAUAACAUUACUCUUGUACAAUUAUGCAACUCUAAUUAUUAUUAUAUUAUAUAUUGGAAAUAUAUAAUAUAUGUUGUAUAAUCUAAUA